ACCACCAUCAAACACAGACACACAAGUCUUCAUUUAGUGGCUUCACCUGCAGAGUACGACAGGGCGCUGCAUUCAGCCAAGAUGACUUUUGUCAGCCAUUUCCACCAACUUCUGUCUGUUGCCCUGAUGUGGUUGAUGAACUGUCAGUUCUGCCUGUCUCAAGAAGUUGAGAAUACUACCAGCUACUUUGAUGACAUGGAUUACAACAACUACACUAUGGACUACAGUGCAUUUCCAGGGUUGUGUGUAAAAGAAGGCAACCGUAAGUUCCGUGGCUGGUUCAUGCCCACCUUCUACUCCGCCAUCUGCUUCAUGGGGCUAGUGGGAAACCUACUGGUCAUUCUGACCUACUUCUACUUCCAGCGCCUGAAGACCAUGACAGAUGUGUACCUGCUCAACCUGUCCUUUGCAGACCUGCUCUUUGCUCUGUCUCUCCCCUUCUGGGCGGCCAACUCCAUGGCUAAAUGGGUGCUGGGUGUAUUCGUGUGCAAGGCCAUCCAUGCUGUGUACAAGGUCAGCUUCUACAGCAGCAUGUUCCUCCUCUGCUCCAUCAGCGUGGACCGCUACUUCGCCAUUGCUAAGGCCAUCUCUGCUCACCGCCAUCGCUCCCAGGCGGUGGUUUUCAGCAAGAUAUCAUCAGGUGUGAUCUGGGUGAUGGCGCUCAUCUUCUCCAUCCCAGAAAUGGAAUACACCACUGUCAAUAACGACACCUGCACCCCUUUCUCCAGCAACAGUGACCCACUCCGUGUGAAAAUCCAAACCAGUCAGAUCGUGGUGGCCUUUGUCAUUCCACUGCUGGUCAUGAGCUUCUGUUACAGCAGCAUUGUCCAGACCCUCUGCCAGGCUCGCAACUUUGAACGGAAUAAGGCCAUCAAGGUGAUUCUAGUUGUGGUGGCGGUCUUCUUAGUCUGCCAGAUGCCCUAUAAUCUGGUCCUAUUUUGGACCACGCUUGUCACAGCAAAAGGUGGAACCAGUGACUGCAAGUAUGAAAACAAUCUGCUUUACGCCACCGAUAUCACCCAGUGUGUGGCGUUCUUGAGGUGCUGUCUGAACCCCUUUGUCUAUGCUUUUAUUGGUGUGAAGUUUCGCCAUGACCUUCUAAAGCUGCUGAAGGAUCUGGGCUGCAUGAGCCAGGAGAGGUUCUUCAGGUAUACUUGUGGCAGGAGGAGGAGCUCAGCAGCCACCGACACCGAGACCACCACCACAUUCUCUCCGUGACACUUCUGUGCUACAGACUAUAAGCUUUUCACAUUUUCCAAAUUCAACUGAGCAACUUAUAGACUGACAGCAGGACCAUCUCAAACCACACAAUACUUCUUACUUGUAUAUAGCAGAAGAUUUCAUAUAAGAUUUCAUAGUUUUGUGGUUUUUGAAGCCUUUUUGAUGUUUUUGUUCAAUUGAGUUUAUUCUAGACCUGGGCUAUCAAACUCAUUUUAGUUCAGGGGCCACUUUCAGCCCAGUAUGAUGUCAAAUAGCCUGGACCAGUAAAAUAAUAACCUAUUAAUGAUUUCAACUCCAAACUUUUCUGCAUGUUUUAGAG